AUGGGGUUGAGCAACAGUUUGAGUCUCUUGGGGAAGGGCGUCGGGAAGCUGAUAAUGUUCUCGGCCCUCAUCCACGGCCUUGCUGAGUCGGAGACGGCGCUCGCUCUUGGACUCGAUCCUGGCGCCGUCCGCAUCCUUCCAGUGAUCCAGAAGAGGAGCGUGGAGAUGGCGCUGCGAGUCAUGGACAUGUUCGACCGUCAAAAGAUGACGUUUGUAGGGUAG